CUUCCAGAGAAGCCAUCCCAUAACAAUGCCAGCUCAACCGCGUGAUGAGAAUAUCUUCCUGCACGCGGAAUUUGACCUCCACGCCCUUCUUUGUCUUGCUAAACGACUUCGCAAAAGAGCUUGCACCUGUGAAUUGUCUCAGAGGCCCAUAGGCGGUAGCUUUAACUGGACCAUAGUUCUCUCCUUUGAUGACGGAGUCGAAUGGAUUUUUCGCUCCCCUCGGACGCAUCGUGCUUACGGUAUCCACGACGAUGCUGCGGCGCUUUUACUUGCCAGCGAGGCGGCAACGCUUAAGUAUAUCAAGAAGCACAGCUCGAUUCCUGUCCCUGAAGUGUUCUAUUACAGCUGUACCAAGUCAAAUGAAGUCGGAGUUCCCUUCAUUUUGAUGAGCAAAGCACCAGGCUCUGUGCUGAGCACGCGAUGGCAAGCUGAAUUGCCUGGAAUGCCGAAUGAUGAUACCAAAUCCGCACAAUAUCUCACGCAGGAAGAUAAAGAGAAGGUGAUGAAGCAACUUGGGGCAAUAACUGCACAGCUACUACACCUGCGGGUUGACAAGAUAGGGUCACUCUUUGAAGAAGAAGGAAGCUAUACUGUAAAGGAGUGUCUUUCGUUGGGGCACAUGUUGCACGAGAGAUGUACAUUUGAAGAAAUCUGCCGCGGUCCUUUUGAUGAGGAGCAAGACUAUUAUAACUCGCUCCUUUCCGCAUAUCGGCAGCACAUCCAAUACCUUCCGAUGUUGCAUCACAUCUUCUUCGCCCCAGUACCUCUUCCGCUGGAAUACCGCAGUUAUGCUAGCUAUCUCUCUGCGACGGAUCGAUGGAACGAUUUCGUUACCCCGGUUCCUAGAAGACAUGAUCCCCACUUUCACAAACGACUGCGGGGCACACCGACAAGCCGUUCCGGAGUCGGAUUCCCUAUCCGUCACCAUGACCUUAGCACCAACAAUAUCUUCGUCGAUAAUGAUUGUAACAUCACUUGUAUCAUCGAUUGGCAGUUUGCCUCCUCCGUCCCAGUCAGUGAGCUACUCGCCACUCCCGGUAUGCCACACCCAAGAGAUCAGCCUGAACCAUUCCUUGUCUCUGCAUUCAGAGCUGGAGUUACAAGCCAUUUGGAAAGAGAAGGCGAAACAAUCAACCCUUCUGUUUUGGAAGUCUCAGAGAAGGUGUGGCAUUUCGUUCGGUUAACAGACAUGGAUGCCUUGCAGGACUAUAACCACUUUGCGGAGCUGCUUAUGUCGGUGUCUAAGAAACCAAUGGAUAUACCGAAGCUGUUUAGAGAGCAGUAUAACGAAAAGUCAAUCUCGGAAAUGUUGGAAGUCCUGGCAGCCGAUGAUGAUCAACAGAGCGACAUCGCAAGAAGAGAAAAUGAAUAUUUCUCAGCCGUGGGACGUGACCGAGAAGCAAUAUCAAGGAAGUUUACGAUGGCUUUAGAACUCAACCGAGGGUUCAUAGCGGAUGGGAGAUUAUGGCGCUGGAUGGAAGAUGCACUGGCUUCGACUCACGGACCGAACGGGUCCUGA